GGGGGCUCCGCCGCGACGCGCCGCCCGACCGGUAGGAGCCGCCGUCGCCGUCGCCGUCGCCGUCGCCGUCGGGGAGCGCCCCCUCGCCCCCCCGCCGCCCCCGAGCCCUCGACCGGCCGACAUGGUUGAGGCGGAUCGCCCCGGGAAGCUCUUCAUCGGCGGCCUCAACCCCGAAACCGACGAGAAGGGCCUCGAGGCCGCGUUCGGCAAGUAUGGCCACAUCAGCGAGGUGCUCCUGAUGAAAGAUCGAGAAACCAGCAAGUCCAGGGGCUUCGCGUUCGUCACCUUCGAAAGCCCCGCGGACGCCAAGGCCGCCGCCAGAGACAUGAACGGCAAGUCCCUGGAUGGUAAGGCCAUCAAGGUGGCCCAGGCCACCAAGCCGGCGUUUGAGAGCGGGCGGCGGGGCCGCGGCCGCCUGAGGGGCCUGCGCGGGGCCCGCGGCGGCCCGCGGCGCCCUCCGUCCCGGGGCGGGCCGGCGGACGACGGCAGCUACGCGGGGGAUUUCGACCCGCGGCCCUCCAGGGCCCCGAUGCCCCUGAAGCGCGGGCCGCCGCCGCCGCGCAGGCCCGGGCCGCCCCCCAAGAGGGCCGCGCCGUCGGGCCCGGCUCGCAGCGGCGGCGGCGGCGGCGGCGGCGGCGGGAUGCGCGGGCGGGCCCCGGCCGCGCGGGGGCGAGACGGCUACGCGGGCCCGCCGCGCCGGGAGCCGCCGCCGCCGCGCCGCGCCGCCUACCUGGGCCCCCGGGAGGAGGGCUACUCGCCCCGAGACGGCUACUUGAGCCGAGACUACCCGGGCGCCCGCGACCCCCGCGAGUUGGCCGCCUCGCCGCGAGACUACGCCUACCGCGAUUACGGCCACGCCGGGGCCCGGGACGACUGUCCGUCGAGAGGCUACGGCGACCGAGACGGCUACGCAGGGCGCGACCGCGACUACGCGGACCAUCCGAGCGGAGGCUCCUACCGAGACCCCUUCGACAGCUACGCGGACCCGCGCGGCGCCGCGGCGGCGCGGGGGCCCCCGCCUUCGUACGGCGGAGGAGGCCGCUACGGCGAAUACCGGGGCUGCUCGCCCGACGUGUACGGCGGCGGCCGCGACACUUACGGCGGCGGCGGCCGGAGCGACCGCUACUCGCGGGGCCGCGACCGGGUGGGCAGGGCCGACCGCGGGCUCUCCCCGUCCUUGGAGAGGGGGUGCCCCCCGCCGCGCGAGUCUUACAGCCGCUCGGGCCGCAGGGUCCCCAGGGGCGGAGGCCGCCUGGGAAGCCGCCCCGAGAGGGGGGGAGGCCGCAGCAGGUACUAGGCGCCCGCUGCCGCUGCCGACGACCCACAUUCCGUUUUCCGAGAAACUAGCGGAAAGAGAAGAGGAGUCUGUGCGAUGGUGAACUCUAACCCCAAGGACUCGUGCCAGGAAGAGUUGUUUUUUUCUUUUUUUUUUUUACCUUUUGAGCGUUCUCUGUUAAGCUUUCUCUCCCUAACCUUGGUGCUUUUCGGGAGGAAGAAGCUAAAGCUCGUUUAAUUGCUCGUUUAACGUUUUGGAAUUGUUUAACGUUUCUUUCAACAAGCUCGUGUUAAAAGUAUAAGACUUGAACCCGCGUACUGGUCUUCUUAUAUUUCCAAGUAAAAAUCCUUCCAAAGGCUUCCUCCCUCCUCAAUUUUCCUGAUAAAUGAGACAGACAGUUCUCAAACCGUUUACAAACAUCUGCCCGCCAAAAACGGAAAGAAGGAUCAUUUCUAUUAAUACAGACCAACUAGAUUUUUUGGGGGGGACGAGUGGGAGGGAAUUGGUGUAUGCCACUCUUAAGAUUGCGGGGUGUCUUUCAGAUCCGGGCUCAGUGCUCCCAGUAUUUAAAAAAAAAAAAAAAGUGACCAGCAGCAACAGCAAAAAUCACUUAGAUGCGUAUUUAAAGAAAGUUCUAUUCACUCUAUAAGUCUAAAAAAAAGCAAGUCAACAAUGCUGGCCAUAUUUUGUUUUUUAUUUUGUUUUUGCCUUUACUUUGGGAAUCUGCAGGACCUCCUGUUCCCUUUCUCCCCAAAAUACUGUUCAUAUGUGUUGAACAAGAAUGGAAUCCUAAGUUAAAGAUUUGGCCAACCAACCACAGAGCUGCAAAAAUCCCAAACAUCAAUUAAUAGAGUUUAUUUUCACCACCAACAAAUUACUAAGAAACAAGUAGAAAAUACGGUAGUGGAUUUGGGGAUCAUAGGGCUUUCAUUCCUAACUCUCCAAGCUACUUGCCCUUGGCUCUAGGGCUGGCUGCUGGCUCCUGUGGAGAGAAUUAGACUUCUACCCCUAAGGGUGGAGGAAUCAAAUGUGAGAAGCAUCAGAGCUCAGAAGCUCAGAGAAUUCUUGAGAGAGCUUGGCAUUUCAACAUCUGAGGAUUUCAUCCCGGUGUGAGGGACCUGGGUCUGUUCACAAGAGGCCGGGGAUGGGUUGAGGGUUCGGUUCUAUUAAGGUGGGGAGAAGGACUUGAACAGACAGAGAUCAGAGAGGCUCCCUCUAGAGUGCCUCAGGAGGGAAAGUGAACAGUCUCUUCUUUCCACCCCAAGCUCAGGGCAAGAAACACCUUUUCCAGUUAGCACCUGUGGAAUUUCCUGGUUUAUCAGAGAGAGAGAGGUAAUUGCACCUCAAGGUGCAAGGAGCUCUAGCGGCCAGAGAAAAAAGGAUCAGGUUAAAAUAGUAGGAUUCAUGUUCUGCAUAAUAAUUGCUGGAGGAAAACAGAUGAGCACCUGAACUACAACAACAAAGUACUAGAGAUCUGAAUAUACCACACUCACAUACACAACUCUAAAAAUACAGUUUUUUGACAAAAAUAAUAAAGUAGGGGAUUUACAGGAGAGGCUGCAUUAGUGGCCCAGAAGAUCAAAUGCAAGAAAUAGCUUUAAAAAAAAAA